AUGUCUACCUUAUACAUCGAAAGGGCCGGCCCAACGGGCAGCGGUCAACGAAGACCAUCUCGAUCACCGCGCAGUCAGAGAAGUCGAAGUGCCGAUGUUGAUUGCUUAAAAAAAUAUACCGAAAGGAGAAUCGAAGGAAGAAGACAUACGGACGUUGCCGAUACCAGUAAGCUAGAUACGUCAAGAUGGAUACCAUUGGCAAAGAAUGUCUCUCGGGGUCAAACGAGUUUGAAAAAAACGGCACAAGUUUCGAAAGACGAAGAUAAACGACGAUAUGAGAGUAACUCUAAUACGGUGAGGAGCGAUUCGAUAAAGUGGCAACAAACUUCUUCGGUGGAAGUGGACGAACGUAAAAGGAAUUUGCCAAAUGAAAAAAAAGUAGAAGAAGUGCAAGAAGAAGAAGAAAAAGCUAAGCUUUAUGGUAGACAAGUAGCUGCUCGUAGUCAAAGUACUGACGUCACUACAUUCAAGAAAGAAAAAUAUACCGAAGAACGAAGACAUACCGACUGCGGUGAUAUCAGAAUUUCAUCCAGAUGGAUACCACAAAUAAAUAGUGCCAGAUUUCGCAGUGAUACGUCGACAUUCGCGAAAUUCACGAAUUCUUACGAAAUUACAAAAAAUGCUGCAACCAGAUGGAUAACGUUCGCGAAAAAUCCAUCGCCGUUUCCAACGCCUCGAAUGAAUCCAGAUAAGAAAACACAAAUGGAAGAGAGUUCACGAAAAAACGAAGAAUCUUGUACAAAGGAAAACAAAACUGAAGCAACAAAAUGGACACCUUUGCGAAAGUUUGCGUCGCCUGUACCGUCCAAACGAAAUACUGAAAAUGAUACGACACCGGAUUUAUCGGAGAUUACUCCGCCAAAUCGCUUGAAAAAUAACGACGCAUCUGAUGCACUUGACAAAGCUAACAAAUUGAGCCAACGAAUGCGAGAUCUUUAUGAUUUCAAAACGGAAAACGAAUGGCCAAAGAGAUUAAAGAACCGACCAUACGAAGAAACGUGGAUAAGUAAAAGUAGUAGCGAGGAGGAAAGACAUCCUCCCAGUGGUCGUAGAAAUAGUCAGGAUAUGGAAUUUAACGAUAGAUCGUUACGAAUCAGGGAUACAAAAUCGCAAAUUCAUCGAACGGAGGAAUCGAAGGUCUUCCACAGCGACACGGAUGAAAGAUCAAAGAAAUUCAUUGAAAGGCAUAGCAAUUCGGAGGAUCUUGGAUUACGCGGUACCGCGGAAAAGUUGCGAGCUCAAAAUCGACGCACGCAAUCGGACGAUUAUGACGAGAAAUGUAGGAAAAGGAACAGCUAUCGAUCGGAUAGCAGAGAGGAAGGAGCCCAAUCGAAAGGAGAACAACGCGUACACAUUGAAAACAAAAGGAACUCCAACGCAAGUGAAAGAUCCCAGGAAUCACGCGGUAGUUAUUCCGAAAUUGAGUUUCCUAGUAAAAGAAAUUCACGAACGAGCAACGUUAGUUAUGCCAGUAUUGUUAAUCCAACCGGCAAAAGAGGUAGUUUAGAAUGUAGAUCGACUCAGCGUAUUCUCGAAAUGCCACCACGAAGAGCAUUCAGUCAAGGUGAGGGAAGACCUGCCACUCCGGUACCACCGAUCGAAAUGAACGCAGAUCGUGUCGUCGCUGUUAGAUUGAUCUCGGAAUGUCAAAAGAGAGACAGCACCAGAUAUAAGGUCUAUCUGACAUAAAUAAACACGAAACGUAAUACGUUUCUAAAGAUUUUCUAAAUAAAUUUCGA